AUGAACGGCCUCCCCACAAACCCUCAUGUCCUGCUUGUCUCAUGUGGAAAGACGGCAGGAUCUGAAUACGCCAAAUCGUCAGUCACUAAGAAACACAACCGGACGUACGGCAUCCAGCUUUAUGAGAGAGAAGACGUGCAGAAGAAGACUUUCACAAAAUGGGUGAACUCGCAGUUAGUUAAGACAGGGAAAAAGCCCGUGGAUGACUUGUUCUCGGACCUGUGUGAUGGGAGGAAGCUGCUGGAGCUGCUGGAGGGCCUGGCUGGGCGGGAACUGGUGAGGUUGGAGAGAGGAUUCACACGCGUGCACUCUUUCAACAAUGUCAACCGCGCUCUGCAGAUCCUCCAGAAAAACAAUGUGGAGCUGGUGAACAUCGGAGCGGCGGAUAUUGUGGAUGGGAAUCAUAAACUGAUUCUCGGCCUCAUCUGGAGCAUCAUUCUCCACUGGCAGGUAAAGGAUGUGAUGAAGGAUGUGAUGGCGGGCCUACAGCAGACCAACAGUGAGAAGAUUCUGCUGAGCUGGGUUCGUCAGAAUACAAGGCAGUAUCCACAGGUCAAUGUGGUGAACUUCUCCAGCAGUUGGAAUGAUGGACUGGCCUUCAAUGCCCUCAUCCACAGCCACAGACCGGAGCUUUUUGAGUGGAGCUCGCUGGAGAAGAAGGUGUCAGCCAUUGAUCGACUGGAACAUGCUUUUAAUAAGGCCGAGCAGCACCUGGGGAUAGAGAGACUGUUAGAUCCAGAAGGCAAGCGUCCCACUGUGAUUGAGUUUUACCACUGCGAUAAGUGUAGACGAGCAGAGAACGUGGAGAUUUAA